AAUUUCUUUCCAGGUGAAAAAAGUGCUUGCACUAGAUGAGAAUGUAGAAAUAUUUUUACCACAAUUUUUUAUUUGGUCUUCAGUCUUCAUAGAAGAAAGAGGGAAUUAUCGAGAGGAAAAUGGAUUUUACUGAAAUUCCUUAUCCAACAGAUAUCAAAUUGAGAAUAGCAAAUAGAGAAUGGGCUAAAUAUCAUGGACAAGAGGUAAACACAAAUGAACCAUACCCUUCUCCAUUGACAAAGGAAGAGGUCCUUAAAAACUAUUCUUUCGAAGAAUUGGACAAAAUUGCUUUAGAGACAAUAACACCAAUGAUUAUGAAAAAUUCAUUACCUCAGCUGGUUCAGCAUUUAAUGGGAGUAUGUAAAGAUGAUAUGGAAAAACUUCGUAUAAUAUUCCGUUGGGUAACUUCACCAAAAUUGAAGGAGAUCAACACUGAUAAUUCAUCCCCUGAGACAGUUGGAUAUGAAAUUAAAAAUCUAUUUGAAACUCAUAAUAUAAUUUCACUUUUUGCUAGACUUUGCAGACUAGCAAAUAUUUCUUGUCAUAUAGUAACUGGAGUUGAUAAAUACCUUGAAAAUGAUGGAACAAAUAAAACAGACAGUUUGCAAAUGAUUGAAUGCAAAUGGAGUAUUGUUAAAGUUUCUAAUAAAUGGUACAUAUGCCAUCCACUUUAUGCGUGGUGCCAUGGAUACCUUAAACUGGAUGGAUGGACUCUAUUAAAUAGUACCUGUGAAAGUAAAUGUUCCCAGAAUGAAAUUAUCUAUAAGUAUACGGAGACCUACUUUAUGUCCAAUCCGGAACAAUUCAUUUUUCGAUUUUUUCCUGACAAUCCUAAAAAUCAGUUGCUAGCUCGUCCACUUACAAUGCAAGAAUUUCGUGAUGCAGCCAAAAUGAAUGUAGCAUUCUUCAAUAUUGGUUUGUCAAUCCUUUCUCAUCCUAGACACGCAAUUGAAACAAACAAGGCCAACAAUGAAAUCAUUUUUGGUAUUAAUGAGAAUUUUGAUGGUGAUUUAUCACUUCAAUUAUUUAUCUUGAGUGAAACAGUUAAUAAUGACAAAAAUCAAAAGAUGACAAUGAAAGAUAGUCCAGAGAAAACACAUUAUAUUACUUUUAUUGAUAAGAAUCGAGCCAGAUGUGUAAUUUGGCUAAGGCUUCCUUUUCCAUCACAAUAUCAAUUCAUAAUACAACAAAAAGAAACAAUCUUGUGUAUGUACUCCAUUAACUACAAGAUCCCACCAGGUGCAAAUGUACAAAAGGAAAAAUUGAUCUUUCCAAAAGUAGCAUCCUACAAUAUGGGGGAAAAUGAUGAAACCAGAAAACUGAACUUCUAUAAUUUUAAUCCACAAACUG